AUGGUGACCCCAGAACUUCUGAUCUUCCAUCAGUCAAGAAAUAUUCUCUGUAAAGCACAAAUAUCCUGUCUGAAUGAAGAUGGACAGCCUGUCGACUGGUUUAUCAUCUAUAAACUGCCCACAUAUAGAGAGGGAAGUAUUGGAAGUGGACUUGACUAUAUGUACCUGGAUCCCUCAGUGAAGACUUGGCAACUGAGUAAAUUUCUGAUCAAUGAGACUCAUGGGGCUUUGGGGAACACACUGAACCAAAUAUACGAGAAUUACCAGUCUAACAGCUCGACAUACGCUUUUUAUAAUGAUGGCCCACCAGUGCUGAAGUAUUACAGUAAUUAUGGACACACAAAAGGUGCUCUGCAUUUUGACAAGUUGCAAGGAUUUUGGCUUAUCCACAGCGUCCCACAUUUCCCCCCUUUUCCUGAGAGCGGUUACGGCUAUCCCUCCACAGGCAAACCCUACGGCCAGAACGCUCUGUGCAUCACGUAUAGAUACGCCGAGUUUCGUCAGAUAUCUCGGCAGUUUGGCUAUCUAAACCCGCGACUGUACAACUGCUCCGUGCCCGUCGCUUUUCGCUCAGAGAUGUCUAGCUUGGCACAGCUUUGUGAAGGCGAAACACCAGCACUCGUUACUAACAGACGGCUGGAGAAACUGGUGUCAGCCGGCGGAGAGAGCUUCUUCAGUUUUGCAAAGUCACAGAACUACGUUGAUGACAUUUACGCUGCAUGGGUUGCACAGACUUUGUACACGAACCUGUUAGCGGAAACAUGGCAACACAACAUACAUGGGCUUCCUUCCAACUGCUCCCUACCUAAGCAUGUGAUGAACAUCGGAAGGGUCAAGCUACCAGGGCCAACUGUUUUCAGGUCUUACGAGGACCACUCGAAAUGGUGUGUGUCUUCGUCUGAUAAGAACCGCUGGACAUGUUUAGGGGAUCUCAACAGGGGGAGUGGGCAGACUAAAAGAGGAGGAGGGCUCGUCUGCACUCAAAACCCUGUCAUUUACGACGCCUUCCGCCAGGCUGUGGCCUGGUACAUAGGAUGUUAAGACAAAGACAUCUGUCACACCGUUAGACAUAUGAUAAUCAAAAUUGUAUUUUGGUCUGGAUAUGUGUGGAUGAUUACAUUUGUCUUUUUUCUUUUUCAUCUCUUUUU